AUGACUAACACACGAUUCUACAUUUUCUUGUUAACAUUGCCAAUAUUGAUUCACAGUUCGAAUGAUGCAUUUCCAACAAGUAUGCUCACAAAUAUCCUCGGCGCAUUUCAUGGUCAAAAAUCUGUCAAUUUAACCGGACUCUUAUCAGCAUUCGAUGUCCCUAAAUGUUUCACCGAAUGUAUCGGAGACUACACCACAUUUUUCGAUCAUCCUGACGUGGUUUGUCAGUAAGUUACUUGAAGUCAUCACUGGCAUGUUCUUGAAUGAAAAAUUUCCAGAAACUACGUCAAGACUACUCAAUGUUUGGAAAAAUCGCAAAAUUGUGCAGGCCCAUUGGUAGAUACACUAAACAGUACCAUGAAUUUCAUGUGUUCAACUAGCAUUGAACGUUAGUUUUUUAUUUAUAUCUAAUCACUUCACAUAAUAACAUGUUUUGUAGAAUAUACAUCACAACUUGGUUGCCUUCAAAACUCCAGUCUCGAAUUACAGGAAGAAUGCGAACGCGAUUGUUCAAUUCAAGCAAAUAUCCUCGAAAAAGCUUCGAAGAAUCAAGGGGAUGCACUUUUAUCAACCGAAAACAUGUGCAAAUCUUCAUUAUGUCUCGUUCAAUGCUAUAAAAAGAAUAUGGUCACAAAAUGCUCGGUGAAUGAUGACAAUAUUCUCAACAAAAUAUUCGCGAGCUUUGAAACCAAGAAAAAUCGUGUCGAUGGAUUUGACAAAAUUAUGAACUGGGUUAUCCCAGAAAAUUGUAAAUUUGAGAAGAAUUUCACAAUUGCUGCAGAGAAGAAUAUUGGGCCAAAUAGUGUUGGAAAAGUUGCGAAUCCAAAGCUUGAAAAUGUCAGAAAAUCCGCGGAAAAGGAAGUUACGACUACAACCACAACUACUACACCAAAAACUUCUACUAGAAAAACCACCACAACUACAACUGGAGUUCCAACAACUACAAGUUCCUCUUCAAAAUUGCUCAUUUUCUCAGUUUUUAUUCUCCCAUUCAUUAUGUAA